CUGUGUUGAACAAGUGAAGUUAUUGUAUCACUCAGUUUCAUUUCUUUACUUCUCUCCUUCUCUUCCAUUAAAGGAUGUCGAACAAACAAAUGCAAAAACGUGUUGCUUCCAUGAGAGAAGCUCUCUUUAAGCAGGGAUACUUGGAUGAACAAUUCAGUAUGUUAGAAGAAUUAGAGGAUACGGAGAAUCCUAAUUUCUGCGAGGAAAUUGUUACGAUGUUCUUCAGGGACUAUGUCAGGCACAUUAAUGACAUUGAUCGAGCAUUAGCGAAAAACCCAAUUAAUUUCGAAAAGUUAGAAGAUCUUAUGCACCAUUUCAAGGGUUGUUGCUGCAGGGUUAGAGGAACUUUCGAGCAAUUGAAGAAGGAAUCAGCAACACUAAAAACUAAACUUGAAGCAUAUUUCCAGGCCGCGAGACAAGCUGGACCCUCCCAGACCGCGGAUCGUCCCAAGUAAGAAAGCAUGGUUGAUAGGUGAAGUGAAUGCAUGGCAACGACUACAAGGGUUUGAAACAGGCUGCAGAUGUUAAGUGGAAGCAAUAGUAGUUCUUAUGAAGUAAGGGAUUUAGUUAUAUGUAGGACUUUGAUUUUCUUUGCGACGUUGAAGCUAGCGAGGCUUAAGA